AAAUACCAUGCAAAUGCGCUCUAAACACGAAGUUAGUUUUAUUUAUUUUCCAGUUUUGAUGAGCGAAUGUAAAAGAACUGAAGAAUAGCAUUCAUAGCAAAACAUACUAGUAGCUAAAGUUGUAUAAUUAAACUAUUGUGACAAUUUUUCAUUAUGGAUUUAGGUACUAUUGAUAAACCAGCUGGACAUAAAUUACUCAACAGCAGCACUAACUUCGAAGUCCAUUCCUCAUCUACAUCACAAAGCACAGCAACAAUGGCAUCUCCAUCAGCUGGUGGAAGCCGAAGUCAAGAAACAGUUUCAACACAUGACACUGAGAAGGCUCUUUUCCAGAGACCAGACAAUGUUCGCCACGACUCAGUGUCCUCCAGUUUGUUCUCACCUCAUGUUGCUUCAACGAUAGCUGGAGAAGUAGCCCUGACUCCCACCCACAGCAAUGCCACAUUCACACCGCAGUUGACCAACCCCCACAGUGCUAUGACUGCUGUGACGCCCAUGGCCAGUGGUCCUCACCAAGCCAAGAAUAGUAUAAAGCUCCAAAAUUGUGUGUCAACAGUAAGUUUAGGAUGUGAGCUGAAGUUACUUGACAUUUAUUGCAGAACAAGAUUUUCAGAAUAUAAUCCUGCUAGAUUUCACGGGGUGGUUAUGAAAAUUCUUGAGCCUAGAGCUACAGCUCUUGUAUUUAGGUCAGGAAAGAUUGUGUGCACAGGAGCACGGAAUGAGCAUGAUUCCUACCUGGCAGCUAGAAAGUUUGCAAGAAUUAUUCACAAACUGGGAUUUCCUGUCAAGUUCUUGGACUUUAAAAUUCAAAACUUUAUAGCAACAGCAGAUCUAAGAUUCCCAGUGAGGCUUGAAGCUUUGCAGCAGGCUCACGGGCAGUUCACAUCGUAUGAACCUGAAUUAUUUCCAGGACUUGUAUACAGGAUGGUACGACCAAGAGUGGUUUUACUCAUCUUUGUCAAUGGAAAAAUUGUUUUCACAGGUGGAAAGAACAGAAAUGAAAUCUGUGAAGCUCUGGAUAUAAUAUAUCCUAUACUAAGAAGUUACAGAAAAAACUGAAUAUUUAAAUGAUUUUGAUUGUGUGAAUAUCUUAUUUAUUGUUAAUAAUAUAAAAUAAUAUUGCCUUUUUUAAUAAACGGUCUUUGUUUUACUAAUAACUAUAAAUAAGACAAUGAUUUAGUAUA